AUUAUGCUUUUCACUUCUAGGAUGCCAUGGAAAGGCCUGUGUACGGAAUGAUAGACGGCUAUUAUCGUUGCUGGGCCGGUGACGGAGAAACAAUACGUUCAGCGCUGAACUACGUGCCCGAGCCUGAUGACGUGUUCAUCGUCAGCUACCCGAAAUCUGGCAAUACAUGGGUGGAACACAUCGCCUACAACAUCAUCAACGACCGUGCGCCGCCAGCAAACUGGAUGGACUACAACCGGGAGAUACCUUUUCUGGACAUGCACGGCGCGGAGGCCACAAGAACAAUGCGAAGACCAGGAUUCAUCAAGACCCACAUGCCUUUCCACCUGCAUCCGUACUCGAAAGACGCCAAGUACAUCUGCAUCUGCCGAAAUCCGUACGACUGUUGCGUAUCGUUUUACCACCACACCAGGAACAUACCGAUCUAUCUAUUCAGCGACGGAACGUUUGACGAAUUCUUAGAAAUGUUCUUGGCAGGAAAGGUGGACUUUGGAGAUUACUUCGACCAUCUGCUGUCCUGGUACGAUCAUCGCGAUGAUCCAAACGUGCUUUUCUUGACCUACGAAGACCUCAAGGAGGACCCCGCUACGUGGGUGAUGAAGAUCGCUGACUUUCUCGGAGAGGAUUACGGGAAAAAGCUACGAGCCGAUAAAAGGGCCCUGGAAAACAUUCUGAACAGAACAAGUUUCGAAGCUAUGAAGGAACACGUAAACGUGGCGCAAAAAAAGUUUGCUGUUGAGCGGAGUUUGGUUCCGGACGAUCAAAAACCCGAGUGGGCGAAGCGCGCGAUGAAAGCCAUUGGCAACAGAGUGCCCAACAUUCAUAAACCACCUGGCAAUUUUGUACGCAAGGGUGUCGUCGGAGACUGGAAGACGCACUUCUCCGCGGAGCAAGCGGCGCGUUUGAAGGAGCACAUUGCGGUGAAAACUCGUGGCUCUGAUGUCAUGGGCUUAUGGAAGAAACUUGAACUGCCGUAAAGAGAGUUGUACUAAAGUAAAAACAGUACAAAGAGCUGGUUCUGAAUAUUCGCACACAUUUCAUUAUUAAGAAAGAAAAAACUAAAAUAAUAAAAUUCAACAAUCUUCCUUCUUUA